AUGGCAAUACAUACCGGAUGUCUCAUUCGUGUAUUAUUUGUGUUAUUGGUAGUGUUUUUCUCAAUAUACUUUUUAUCUUCCCCUCUCACGAAUAUCAACAAUGAAUCAACUUUAGAUAAAGUUUAUUCGCCAUUAGAUCUACUUGAAGCGAGUCGUAGACGUCAACAAGAAUUAGAAACCGCCUUAGAAGAAACUCGUAUAGAAAUAACCGAUAAGCUUAAUAAAUUCUCUUUUCAUUCUUCAAUUCCAGGUUCAAAUAUUAAAACAAGUAAAGACUUGUUAAAAUUUAGGAGUUAUAUGGAAUGCGUUACAACAAAGGGGAAAUGGGUUUAUGAUGAUACACCGAGAGUUGUCCUCAUACAUAAACAAGAUCCCCUUUAUGGAAAAUGUGAUAGUGAUUUUACUCCUUUAAAUAAGAAUUCUUCGAUCGAAGAGAUAUGGAAUAAUGCUAGAAAUUCAAUAAAAUAUAAAUGGAAAACCCCCAACGAAUGCCCUUUACCAAGUUUCAAUAGAAAGGAUUAUUGUUCUUUGAUAGCCGGUAAAAAAAUUUUAAUAGUAGGAGAUAUAUUGUCACAUCAACUUCAUGAUUUAUUAAUAGAUUAUUUUCACGAUGGACCUGUUCAAUGUUAUGGUGUGAGAUCAUGUAAGGAUCAUAUUUUAUGCCCUUCUCCUUCUGAUGAUGAUAAAUUAUCCUCGGUAAUGAGAUACGCUCGUAAUGAUAUAUUAUCUGGUAAAACUGCUGAAAAUCUUGGUCGUCUUGAAAUGAAAUUUUUAGAACAACCUUGGACUCUUUAUGUUUCUCGUCACAAUGUGAUUAUCCUUAAUAAAGGACACCAUUAUCAAGAUGAUGCAACCUUUCGUUCCUCAUUUAUACAAAUAGUUAAACAUCUUCGCUCGAAGAACCCAGAUACUCUCUUAAUCUUCAGAUCGUCUACGAUAGGACAUUCAAAUUGUAAUGUUCCAAACAUUAAACCUUUAUUUAAUCCUUAUAAUGAUUACGAAUUGGAGCAUUUACCUUAUAAUUGGGGAGAAAUACAUAAACAAAAUAUGAUUGCUAAAGAAAUUAUUGAAGCUGUUGGUGGGGUUUAUUGGAAUAUAGAAAAUGUUAUGGAAACUAGAGUUGAUGAUCAUGUCGGUGGUCGAGAUUGUCUAAGAUGGUGUAUACCUGGUCCUUCUGAUAUUUGCUUUGAUAUUUGGAUUCCAUGA